GCCACCGCCCAGCCGCGGGCCGGCGCCGCUCGGAGCUGCGUCCCGGGACUUGGGGCCGUGGGGAGGUCUCCUGGUAGCUGCAGGAAGCUCUGAAGCUGAGCAUGCUCCUGCUGUGAGCCCUGGUUAGUGGUGACAAAACUACCAGAUCUGAGAUGCUGGGAAGCUAGUGAGCAUCUUGUGCAUAAUCCACCUGCAGCUCAGAAAAGUGAAGUGGCUGGCCCAACCUCACACAGCAGGCUGACAGCACCAAGGAAGUUUAUGUGGAGCCGGCUGUGUAGCUGUCCGUCUGUCCCCCCAUCCGUAGACUGAGGCUGGACUCCAGGGCAUCUACACAGGGGAGGUGAGGCCCAGAACAUGCUCUAGGUGCCUUCCCAGGAGCCCAGAAACCACAGAUCUGAAGCCUUCUGCCCAUCAUGGCCUCAGCUGACAAGAAUGGCGGGAGUCUCUCCUCUGUGUCCAGUAGCCGCCUGCAGAGCCGGAAGCCACCCAACCUCUCCAUCACCAUCCCACCGCCGGAGGCCCAGGCCCCCAGUAAGCAGGACAGGAUGAUCCCCCAGAAGCCCAAGAACCCAACCUACAUGAAGAGUGUCAGCCUCCAGGAGCCACAGGGACAAUGGCAAGAUGGUACAGAGAGGCGCCUUGGCUUCCGCCGUCAGACCUCCCUGUCCCAGAGCAUCCGCAAGGGCACAGCCCAGUGGUUCGGGAUCAGCGGUGACUGGGAGGGCAAGCGGCAGAACUGGCAGCGCCGCAGCCUGCACCACUGCAGCGUGCGCUAUGGCCGGCUCAAGGCCUCGUGCCAGAGGGACCUGGAACUGCCCAGCCAGGAGGGGCUGUCCUUCCAGGGAACCGAGUCUCCAAAGCCCUGCAAGAUGCCAAAGAUUGUGGAUCCGCUGGCCCGGGGCCGGGCCUUCCGCCACCCAGAUGAGGUAGACCGGCCCCACGCCCCCCACCCGCCACUGACCCCUGGGGUCCUAUCCCUCACCUCCUUCACCAGCAUCCGCUCCGGCCACCUGCCCCGCCGCAAGAGGAUAUCCGUGGCCCACAUGAGCUUCCAGGCUGCUGCUGCCCUCCUGAAGGGGCGCUCAGUGCUGGAUGCUACUGGACAGCGGUGCCGGGUGAUCAAACGCAGCUUUGCCUACCCCAGCUUCCUAGAGGAGGACGUGGUCGAUGGAGCAGACACCUUCGACUCCUCUUUUUUUAGUAAGGAAGAAAUGAGCUCCAUGCCCGAUGAUGUGUUCGAGUCUCCCCCACUCUCUGCUAGCUAUUUCCGAGCGAUCCCACAUUCAGCCUCUCCAGUCUCCCCCGACAGGGUGCAGAUCCCUCUGAAAGAGUGUGGCCACACCCCCACCCCAGUGACCCGGCGCGGCAAGCGCAUUGCCUCUACUGUGAAGCACUUUGCCUUUGACCGGAAGAAGCGGCAUUAUGGUCUGGGCGUGGUGGGCAACUGGCUGAACCGCAGCUAUCGCCGCAGCAUCAGCAGCACGGUACAACGGCAGCUGGAGAGCUUCGACAGCCACCGGCCCUACUUCACCUACUGGCUGACUUUUGUCCACAUCAUCAUCACACUGCUGGUGAUCUGCACCUAUGGCAUUGCGCCCGUGGGCUUUGCGCAGCACGCCACCACCCAGCUGGUGCUGAGGAACAAGGGUGUGUACGAGAGCGUGAAAUUUAUCCAGCAGGAGAACUUCUGGGUCGGCCCCAGCUCGAUUGACCUGAUUCACUUGGGGGCCAAAUUCUCCCCCUGCAUCCGGAAGGAUCGGCAGAUCGAGCAGCUGGUGCAGCAGGAGCGUGACCUGGAGCGAGACUCGGGCUGCUGUGUCCAGAAUGACCACUCGGGCUGUAUCCAGACCCAGAGGAAGGACUGCUCGGAGACUCUGGCCACUUUUGUCAAGUGGCAGGAUGAUACUGGGCCACCUAUGGACAAGUCUGAUCUAGGUCAGAGGCGGACGUCAGGGGCUGUGUGCAACCAGGACCCCAGGACCUGUGAGGAGCCGGCCUCUAGUGGUGCCCACAUCUGGCCUGAUGACAUCACCAAGUGGCCGAUCUGCACAGAACAGUCCAAGAGCAACCACACAGGUUUCUUGCACAUAGACUGCACGAUCAAAGGUCGCCCCUGCUGCAUUGGCACCAAGGGCAGCUGUGAGAUCACCACUCGGGAGUACUGUGAGUUCAUGCACGGCUAUUUCCAUGAAGAGGCGACACUCUGUUCCCAGGUGCACUGCUUGGAUAACGUGUGUGGGCUGCUGCCCUUCCUCAACCCUGAGAUCCCAGAUCAGUUCUACAGGCUUUGGCUGUCUCUGUUCCUACAUGCUGGCUUGGUGCACUGCCUCGUAUCUGUGAUCUUCCAAAUGACCAUCCUGCGCGACCUGGAGAAGCUGGCUGGCUGGCACCGCAUUGCUAUCAUCUUUCUCCUCAGCGGCAUCACAGGCAACCUUGCCAGUGCCAUCUUCCUCCCAUACCGGGCAGAGGUGGGCCCGGCUGGGUCACAGUUUGGCCUCCUCGCCUGCCUCUUUGUGGAGCUCUUCCAGAGCUGGCAGCUGCUGGAACGGCCCUGGAAGGCCUUUUUCAACCUGUCGGCCAUUGUGCUGUUCCUGUUUAUCUGUGGCCUCUUGCCCUGGAUCGACAAUAUCGCCCAUAUCUUUGGCUUCCUCAGUGGCAUGCUGCUGGCCUUUGCCUUCUUGCCCUACAUCACCUUUGGCACCAGCGACAAGUACCGCAAGCGCGUGCUCAUCCUGGUGUCACUGCUGGUCUUCACCGGCCUCUUUGUCUCCCUGGUACUCUGGCUCUACAUCUACCCCAUCAAGUGGUCCUGGAUUGAGUACCUCACCUGCUUUCCCUUCACCAGCCACUUCUGUGAGAAGUACGAGCUGGACCAGGUGCUGCACUGACCCCUGAAGUCUUACAAGACUUCUUUUGUAAGACUUCUUGCCAGUACCAGAGACUCUGGGACUGGCAUUGGGCCCGGGCACUCAACUGGUGAGACAGGGCCGGCUUCGUCUGAGACAGCCAGUAAAGGCAGAUGCUGGCGUAUCAGGUCCCCCCCUUUCUCAGGCCUGGGUGUUCCUGGCCCAGCUUGGGGACACUCAGGAUACCUACUUCUCUGAAGCUUUGGCUCUGUCCAAUCCCAGCCCCCAGGCCCUUCUGGGGACAGUUUAUUUUCUUUCCAGGGCCCAGGGCUGCUGCAUCUGCUGGUGCUGCUCCCCACUGUUACUGUGAGCAAUCCCUUGCCAGACACAUGGCUGCUCCCCCUGUGGCCCCAGGUCUAGAGUCCCCACUGUGGUCCCCUUCGUCUUCCUCCCCUGUUUCAUCUGUGGCCUGGUGAGCCUCCCCCAGGGCUUCGGACAGGGCAUUCUGGGAGAGGCUUCGGCGUUGGUCCAGGCACAGAGACCAAGCAAGACAGUGACCAGACAGGGACUCUGGCUCCCCGGGCCCACCAUCAGCCCUGUCCUGGCUCAGUGUUCUGCCUCACAGGUUUUCUCUGAUGCCAGCUGCUCCUCACCUCCUCUGCCUUACUCUGAAGGGGACAGGGUUGAGGACCUGCUCCCAGGGGGGUGCCCAACACUCAGUUGUGUUGGGUCUGGAGUUAUUUUGUUUGUUUUGUUUUUUACUAGUUUAUAUUAUGGUCCUAAUUUUUAAAGGUAACGCUAACUUUGUAUGGAUGAUGUCUCAAGGUAUUAAAUGAUAUUC